AAAGGCUCAUUGUUACCUGAUAGCCCUCAGUUAACCCUCAGUAGUUGUCAGUGGUGCGGAGGCUGCGGCAUGGCUCCCAGGAAAGGAGAACUGACAGAGGACGAGAGGCAGCUGCUCACACACAUCUCCCAAGGGAACAUUCAGGAAACUCGGAGGCUUUUAGGAAGCAAGGAUGUCCGUGUUAACUGUUUGGAUGAGCAUGGAAUGACUCCUCUUAUGCAUGCAGCCUACAAAGGAAAGGUGGAUAUGUGCAAACUUUUACUGCAGCAUGGAGCAGAUGUCAACUGUAAUGAACAUGAGCACGGGUACACAGCGUUGAUGUUUGCUGGCCUCUCAGGGAAUAAAGAAAUUGCCUGGCUGAUGUUGGAGGCUGGAGCCGAUGCAGAUGUGGUCAACUCUGUUGGGAGAACAGCAGCACAAAUGGCAGCUUUUGUAGGCCAGCAUGAUUGUGUCACGGUAAUCAACAAUUUUUUCCCCCGGGAAAAACUUGAUUAUUACACCAAGCCUCAAGGGUUAAAUAAAGAACCUAAACUGCCAUCAAAAUUAGCUGGACCCUUGUACAAGGUCAUUACAACCACAAACUUGCAUCCUGUUAAGGUUGUCUAUCUAAUAAAAGAGAACCCCCUUUUGAUGGAGGCAGAAGCUUUAAAGAAAUGUUGCACAGUGCUGGAUUUAAUCUGUGAGAAAUGCAUAAAGCAAAAGGACAUGAAUGAAGUUUUGGCCGUGAAAAUGCACUACAUUAGUUGCGUGUUGCAGAAGUGCUCUACUUUCCUCCAGGAUCAGGAAGACAAACUUGAUUCCUUUAUUAAAAACAGAGCAAAUAAAAACUGAUGAACAACUUGCAGAGACGGAAGGAGCUUCUAAUUCCCAAACAGAAGCAGAAGGUCCGGCAGUAGCAAGUGCAGCAGAAGGAUUGGAGGGAAGCAAAAUGGCUGCUGAAACCAAUAUCUCAAUCAGCAAAUCACACUGAAGAGUAAAGGCCUUUUCAACCUCUUACCUUCAGUUCUGUCACAUGUUCUCUCAAGAUGUGGAGAGGCAGAAAACCUGUCUGUAAAGGUCGUACCAUCCACAAAGGCCUCUGUCGCUCUACUUCUUGUGCUUGAGACAUACAUUCUGCUUACUGACGUUUGCUACUGUGACUGCUUCUUAUGUGCAAUAAUAUCUACCAACCACACAGCUUGAAUGACCCCCCCGCAAGUCCCAUUCCAAAAACUUAAGAAAAAGACCAAGUGCAACAGCCUUUGAGAUGGAUUCUAUAUAAACUGGUUUUAUGGUGAGCUUCACUCUUAAUAAAACAUGUUUUUCUAUAUAACAAUUAUAUCGGGGUAUAUUAUUAAAAAAGUCACAUAUUUUGGGGGUUUCUCACUUGUUUUGCUUUAUGGUCUGUAUGAACUGUUGACAUUUGUCAAGACAGUUUAUUGCCAAUAGAUUA